CUCACUGGGUAUGACAUCCCUGGAGUUUCUGAUAAAAUUCUUGCCACACUCUUCACUGAUGACACUACAAUCUACUUACCAAGAGGCAACCGCCUGUCAGAACUCCAGCAAAUCCUUGACACCUGGUGCACGGCUUCAGGUGCGAAAUUCAACACCGACAAAACUGAAAUCAUCCCAAUCGGGUCUAUGGAACACCGGCAAACGGUCAUCACAUCCCGUCGUUUGCACCCAGGUGAUGACCCAAUUCCCAUAUCUGUCCACAUCGCUAAAGAUGGGGAAACUGUCCGCUCCCUUGGGGCAUGGAUUGGGAAUGGCAUCGAUGCCCUCUCCACCUGGGAAAUCAUCCUUGACAAAGUUGAUCUUACACUCAAACGUCUUGGCCGUGGCCAUCCCACUCUGAAUAGUAAGAGGCAUAUGGUCCAGCACAUAGCUGGUGGUAUGACACAAUACCUAACUAAAGUGCAAGGCAUGCCAAAAUCAGUAGAGGCUGCCCUUACCAAGGUUAUCCGCUGCUUCAUCUGGGAUGGUGCUACCCAAUCCCCCCUUGCGCUUGAACACCUGUACCUCGACAUGUCUGAAGGC